AUGGAUAGAACAGAAAGAAUAUUUAUGAUAACAAAAACGUUUUCAUCAAUAAAUACAAAUGCUAUUGAGUUAAAUACGAAUGAUAAAACAACUAAUGAUAUUGUUUUAUUACAGCAAUCAAAAUGUGAACCAUUUCAUUUGAGAAAUAUUUGGAUUUUGUUUCUGUUAGUUUUACCGUUGAGUGGAAUUCUGAUUGGUUUUUUAUUUCGAAACGAUUGCCCGUUACAAAAAUAUAUUCCACUAUGGGCGAUAGUUAAUGGUUUUCUAACAGUCAUUUUUCUUAUGUUAAUAUUUAUAACAAGAGGAUUUCUUCAAGAAAUUCAACAUCGAAAUUGCACAUUACUUGUUAUUGAAAAUUUUAAAGUUGUAUUAAUUUUUUUUCUUUUUCUGUGGUUUAUUCGUGGAAAUGUGAGUUGA